AACGACUAAUGAAAAAUAAACAACACAGAAUUCACAAAGUCAACACAGAACAAUCUCCACGAGAAAUAUACUUGUGUCUUCUUCACAACUAGUAUAUAUAUAUAUAGUGUAAUAAGCUCUGAAUAAAUUUAACAAUGACUCCUUCACGCCUCAGAUCUCCAAGUUUCUCUAUGAGGAGGUCUCUGUCUCGUGUUCAAGUCCGAUCGCCUUCAAUUCGAUCCAAACCCUCUGAAACUGAUCAAACAACCGAGUUCUUGGGGAAUGACGAAGAAGAAGUGGACAGCUAUGGAUUUCAAGGGGAAUUGAGAGAUGGUAGUAAUAAGGUUAUGGUGGUGGUUGAUUCUACGGUUGAAGCUAAAGGUGCUCUCGAAUGGGCACUGACACACACUGUUCAAACCCAGGAUUCUAUUCUUCUCCUCCAUAUAAUUAACCCAUCCAAACAAGGUGAAGAGUAUAACCAGAAGCUUAAGCUAAAGGCCUUUGAAAUCCUUCGCUACAUGAAAACCAUCUGCCAGACCAAGAGGCCUGGGGUACAAGUUGAGGUAGCAAUGCCAAUGCUGGAAGGGAAGGAGAAAGGUAGAGUAAUAGUGGAAGAAGCAAAGAAAGAGAAAGUGUCACUAUUGGUGUUGGGGCAAAGAAAGAGAUCAAUGAUGUGGAGAUUCAUGAAGAGAUGGAGAGGGAAAAGGAACAACCACCAUGGGGGGUUUGUGGAGUACUGUAUACAAAAUGCUUCAUGUAUGACAAUUGCAGUAAGGAGGAAGGGCAACAAGCUUGGAGGCUACUUGAUCACCACCAAGCGUCACAAAAAUUUCUGGCUCUUGGCCUAACUAAGUUUUAUGUUCAAGUUCAGAGUUUCAGAGUCCAAAGAUUUGGGUUUGUGAAAAUGAGAUUUAGCGCUUGCUAGGUCAGUCAGUUGUUCCUGCCUGGUCACUGGUCAAGUGAUUGUUUCCUAGUUCCUACUUAAAUCAAUUGUCAAUAUAUAUAUAUAGUGUGAAGCAAUUCGUUUACUAAAAGAGUAAAAUUUUAUAUCUUAAAAGAGGACAAUUUCAGUCCUCAACUAUCAA